AUUCAAGCAAUCUGACCUGGUGGAGCCGGAGCAUUUUAAUAGAAGCUAUUACAUUUCAAGUUUAAAGUUCAGUAAGAACAUCACCAGCAUCAACAGGGCUGUGGUCUCAGCACCAUCUGAAAACUGUCAUGCUGCGGGCUGUACCAGAGCAGGGAUUGCUGUUGAAAGCAGAACUAAAAUCCACAAACAAGACCCUGGAGAAGGUUCGGUCUACAUCCAGGUUCUGCAGGAUUAAGAGCGAUGUUAACAACAUUGUCUACAAACUAGUUGGAUCUUUAGACAAACUGCAGAGGGUCCAGAACAGGGUCUGUGAUUCAGUACAGUACAAGGUUCUGAAAGGACUUGGUCACCACAGAGAAGGAACCAGGUCUGUAGUCCUUUAGUCCUGAAAUCCUUGGUUCCUGGGGCUCAGCGAGAUGUUGGAGCAUCACCCAGACUACAUCAGGUUAUGACGUCAGAGCAACAAGCUCUGUCUGGAUCAACACCAGAAUCAUCUGGAUUCAAAUAUCGAGUUUUUACUUUUAAUAAUAACUUCUUCCUAUUAUUGAUCUAAUUUCUGUGCAGCGAGCAGAACCGACCUGAGCCUAAAGCUCUUUAACCGAACUAGAGUGAGUGGAUUAGAACCUUCUCAGUGACAUCACCGUCAGAUCAGAACCGAUCAGUGUGAGGAUGUGUUGAUAAAGUGUCUUCUGGGUGGAGACCUACCUGGAGAGGAGGAGGAGGAGGAGGGAUGUACUAGAACCAUCCAGUUUGGUUCUGAUCACAGCAUCAGAAAACAUCAUUUAGACUUUUUCUUUACUUUAAAUCAUUUUAAAUGACGUCAGCACCAGCAUUCCGUCACUUUCGCUGACGCUUCUCCGUGAACGAACUUUCCUGGUUCCGUUCUGACAUGGAGCUCCCAGCCUCCGAACGCUUCUGUUUCUUCAUCGACUCGCUGCUGUCACUCAGGCCGCCCGGAGCGCUCCUCUCGCGGGCAGACCCUCCGGAGCUCAGGAGCGGCAGCUCAGCGCCUCCUUCGCCGCUGAUGGAGCCGGUUCCCCGACAGGAAUGUCUGGCGCUGCCCGGUCCGGUCCAUCGGCCCCGCUGUCUCAGCUCUUCCUUUCUGAUCCGGGACAUCCUGGGGGACUGCCGGUCAUGUUCUGACCUGGGACAUCCCGAACCUCGAGCCGAGCCGUUCCAAUCCGGACCGGAUGACAACAACGAAGUCGGAGUACAUGGUGGCUCGGAACCGCCGGUACCAGGACACCUGAAGAAACCUCGGAAGGCCCGGACAGCGUUCAGCGAGCAGCAGCUGACCCGGUUAGAGAGAAGCUUCCAGAAACAGAAGUACUUGAGCGUCCAGGACCGGAUGGAGCUCGCUGCCUCUCUGCAGCUCAGCGACACCCAGGUCAAGACCUGGUACCAGAACCGCAGAACCAAGUGGAAACGACAGUCUGCAGCGGGCUUGGGCUUUCUGGCUACAGCCAGCCGGGUGUUCCUUUCACCUCACUUCCUAUGUCCUCUGACCCCGCCCACACCGGACCCGUACCUGAGCCGAGGCCACGCCCACCUGACUGAAGUCCUCCGCCUUCCGCCCUGCGCUCACAUGGAGCUCCUCUGACACUGGGAGGACUGGGAGGAAGGUUGCAGAACUCUUUGGGACGCUAUCCAGUAAAUGAACCUAGACCGGUUCCCCUGAUGUCAAUCAAAAAGGACAGCUUUGUCCUCUUGUUUCCAUGGAAACGAACCGAACUAAUGAGAAAAUGGACUCAUUCUGCCAACACACGGAGUGGUUGCGUCCAUCAGAACCUGACUGAUGGACGGUUCAGACACAAACCUGCAAUGUGUUGUUAAAUUUUUUCAGGUUUUCACUGAUUAAUUAAAGGUUCUGAUGCACUCUGGAAGUAAGUUUUACUGGAACCAGUUCCGAUCUGUAUGAAUAGACCCGUCCAGAUCGUGUGAAGGUCCAGGUGUGUCUUAAGUGGUUGGAUACUUGAAGACAAACACAAGAGUUCAGAGGCGUCUCAUCACAGACAAAUGUUGUCUGAAGGUUCUGUCCAUUCAGUGAGGUCCAAUCCUGAAUUGUUACAAUGACUCGAUUACCAGCUGGUCAUUUGUGGGCUGAUCCCAGUAAAACAUGGGUUUCUGUUUCUGAACGGGUCCCUGGUGCUUCGAAGUCUGACCAGGAGUUCUCUGUGGUGUAUCUUUGCUUCAGACUGGAUCAGAACCAAUCUGAGCAGAACAUUUUCUUUUGGUUUCGAUUUGUUUUAUUGUGGUUUUAUUCAUGGAGGUCGUUCAGGACUCAGGUUCAGAUUUAGAAAGCAUUUGGACUGGUUAUUUAAUGGACUUGUUUUCUGGUCUCUUUAGAACAACUCUGUAUAUGUUCUGGAAGGUCCAGUUCAUAAAACAUCAAACUGAGAACAGCAAAAUAGCAGUGACAGGUCAGUAGGGGGCGAUAAAUAAGAAACUUUAUAAGGCGGUUCAGAUCACAUUCCUGUUUGGAUUUCACUUCGGAACCAGAACUGAUUUAGCCGUUUUAGACAUUGGCUGUUUCACCUAAGACAUGAUGGUUCUGGUUCAAACCCAACUUUGAUUAUGGAGUUUGAAAUCAGUUCUGAACAUGAAUGUUUGAGAUGAACACAGAUUUUCCCGCUCAGCGACACACCCGCUGAGAAGCUAACUGGUAAUUGGCAGCUCCAUAGUCAGAAACGUGGCACUAGAGACACCAGCGACCAUAGUCAAAUGUUCCACUGUUGCCACAUACAUGCUCAGAACGACUCGACCCAAUAAUAAACCAAGAGAGAUCAUAUUUCUCCUAUUUUAGCUUCCCUUCAUUGGCUCCCUGUUAAAUCCAGAAUAUAAUUUAAAAUUCUCCUCCUCACAUAUAAAGCCCUUAAUGAUCUAGCUCCAUCAUACAUCAGA